UGGGCACUCGGUACUCGCGAGGUAACUCCCGCGCACACCGCACGCGCGCUUCGGCUCACGUUCCAAAUUUGAAUUAUUCAAAUUAAUAACAAACUUUUUUGACCGUCUUAUUUUUUUUAUUUGUGCUCUGUGGACUGAAUUCGAGUGUAGUGAUUGGAUUCUAAUUUUGAAUAUUUUGGAUUUGUCUCGUUUACGUAUUAUCGAGGCGUCAUCCCACAAUGGGCUAGCGCUACUAGUUGUACUCGAAGCCAAAAUGAACGAAAGUCGAGAGCGAAUCCGUCGGGAACGAGAGAGGGAGAAGAACACAUAUACCUCCCCUCGUCUCGCACUACGUCGCGUGCUGCUAUUGGCUGAAGGCAGACAGUUCAGGGAGGCGGCGGCCAUCUUGUCUAGGCUGGGACCUGGAGUGCUGCAAACUGUAGCUUCUGAACUGCCCAUUGAUCUGCUGGUGGAGGCUCUGCCACAUUCUGCUCAUCUUAUUGAGACUCUUUUGAACAGACUAAUCUCCCUGGAGGUGAACCCUCGGCCCGAUGUCCAGUGCGAGGCGAUAGCAUGGCGCCUGGUGGGUCUACUGGGAGCAGACCAGAGCUCAGGGCUGCGGGCCAGGACUGCGCGGCUGGCAUCCUCGCUGGUGCACUACACGCCAGAUGCUAGAGAUGCCAUCGAUGCCAGGAGACGGCAGUUAGAUGCUGCUGUUCAAGGGUUGGGCACACACGGCCUGACAGCGGACGCGACGGGCUCGCUGAUCUCGCUGCACGUGGCCAUGAAGAACGAGCUGCAGCGCCACGUGGAUGUCUACAAGCAGGCGCUGCAUAAGCUGGAGGAGCUGUCCCCAGUGACAGUAACCCAGGACCCUGCAGCCUCAUCCCACCAGCGUCUCCUGGCACUGUCCCACGCUGACGUGGAGAGGCGACUGAUAGACAACAAGUCACUCCUCACGAUAGUGGACAAGCCAGCGCUGAGGCAGCUGCCGACCCUGGUGGAUGCUCUCGCCGCCAGGGUCGAAAGCGACAAGGCUGUGCUCGCCUGCAUCGGACAGAUUAAGCGCAGUGAUCCCACGCUGGAUUUGAAUGAUACGAGUUCCGCGGAAUCUGGCAGCAAGGGCGGAACCGCAGUGAGGAGACGAAGAAAGAUGACCGUAUUACACUGUGACUAUGACGAGGGGCCGGUAGCAGGGGUACUGAUGACGUACUCCCGCGGCUGCGCGGCCGUGCUGGGCCAGAUGUGCGAGGAGGAGCCCGCCAGCAGUGACGCCACCACUCCGCGCUCCACCGACUCCGCCAGCGACGGCUACCACUCCGACAGCGAUGACUCCAACCAGCAUCCUGACAGGAGUAAGCUGGUAUCGCAGUACGCCGCAGUAUGGUCGCGUGCAGCAGACGAGACCAUCCCCGCCCUGUCUGCGCUGGAACAGCUGCGUCACACGCCGCACCUCAAGUAUAAGAUCGUCUUCUCUGUCGUCGUUCUAUCGUUCCGCGCCGUCAUCAGCCUCCGCGACCGGCGCCUGAGCGAGAUGAAGACGCUGCUGGGUGUGGAGCCUGGCUCCAGCGACCCCAGCGUGGCUCGACUUAUGGCUGCUGCCACUAGGGUCCUGCAGUCUACUGCACAUAACUUCCCACUCGGAGACGCGGAGCGGACGGUUAUCAACCAGGUGGUGAGCACCCUGCGCGAGUACCCAUGCCUGUCGAGCUGCAGUGCACUGCAUGCUCUAGCGGCCGCUGCCUGUCGCGCCGCCUGGCCACUUUGCCUACACUCGCCGCCGCUGCGCAUCGACACUGACUUCACGCCAGUGGUAAUGAACCCCGAAAAGCACGUGCGCUUCACCCCGGAAGGUCGCGAGGGUCGGGACCGUCGCUCCGACCUCAUCAAGUCCUUUGUGUGGCCCGCACUCAUGGAUGGCAACCGCUGCGUCUUCCGCGCUGUCGUGCUCACCUGAAGGACCUCCAACUCUUCGUAACUCUUCACUAAAGGAUGGCCGACCAAGGUUUUACAUUGGAUCAGUCUCUCCGAGCUCAUUUACACAUGUAGAGAUAAUUUCAUUGUUAGAGAAAGUUUUAUUUGCAACAUGUUAUGCAUUUGUAUUGUCAUAAUGGAUGGUGUCGCUCUGAUGAUAAUUGUAUUCUUAAUUUUGGUUCUUUUGAUCCUCUUUGUUAAAAUGUUUUGUGUGUCAAAGGACCAGUUGCAUCAGAUAUGCAUGAAUCUUGAAUCAUAAUAUUAUCAUUAUGUAGAACAGGAGUAGGUACGUGUUAUUGUGUUUAAAUUGUAUGUUAUGUAUGAUCCAUUUAACAAUCGACAUGUUACUUCAAUGAUGCAUACAGAUGUAUACGGAGGACUCAUUCGUCAUCAAUAUUAGCAUGAAAAUGACGAAAUAUUCAGAUCCUUUUGUUAUCAAUAAUAGCCACAUGACGCUAGCUAGUAUCGUUCGUGCUCGUCACGGCAUGUUUGUGUGACAUUUCUCUUCUUGUACAGUUGUUUUUCUAACUCCCUCCAAUGUCGUUAAUAUAGUAAUAGAACUAGAUGUAAUAAAUUAUUAUUGUGUACUAUUAACAUUGACGAAUAAAUAAUAAUUUAAGCGAAA